UGAGCCGUUUACGCAAGAGCCGCGCGGACGCGUUUGACGCGCACCUCGCCGCGUUUCCACGCUCGCGUCUACGCGUUUGAGAGGGAGAGCGUGUGUGUUUCCCGAGCUCUCCUCCCUGAGUGUGUGUGUGUGUGUGUGAGCUGCAGUCAUGGCUGUGGACGGAACGGAGCAGCGCGCGCUGCAGUAUGAGCAGACUUUGAUGUAUGGGCGAUACACUCAGGAGCUGGGUGUUUUCGCGAGGGAAGAGGCCGCCCGGAUUCGAGAGGAUGGUCGUCACCGACGCUUCAUUUCUGAACGGAGCCCAUCGAUCAAACUACUGGAAUACGAGAAGGGACGAUGUGUCCGGUGUCGAAUCUGUGCAGUGCACUGUCAGCGGUUCCUCAUGUCGCGGGUCGGCGAGGACUGGAUCUUCCUCAUCUUGCUGGGACUCGUCAUGGCUCUGGUCAGCUUUGUUAUGGAUUUCUGCAUCGCCCUUCUUUUACAAGCACAGAAGUGGAUGUACGGGGGUUUGGACAGUAACGUAAUCCUGCAGUAUUUAGCUUGGGUCACUUAUCCUGUGGUUCUCAUCAGUUUCUCUGCAGGCUUCACACACAUAGUAGCACCGCAGGCUGCCGGGUCUGGUAUUCCUGAAAUGAAGACGAUUCUCAGAGGAGUGGUGCUGAAGGAGUAUCUCACGUUAAAAACAUUUGUGGCCAAAGUAGUUGGAUUGACCUGUGCACUGGGAAGUGGGCUACCUCUGGGCAAGGAGGGUCCGUUUGUGCACAUUGCCAGUUUGUGUGCUGCUCUUCUCUGCAAAUUCAUGUCAUUCUUUGGUGGAAUUUAUGAGAAUGAGUCCCGAAACAUCGAGAUGCUUGCGGCUGCAUGUGCUGUCGGGGUCGGAUGCUGCUUUGCUGCUCCUAUUGGAGGUGUGUUAUUUAGCAUCGAGGUCACUUCGACAUUUUUCGCCGUACGAAAUUACUGGCGUGGAUUCUUUGCUGCUACAUUUAGUGCCUUUAUCUUCAGAGUUCUGGCCGUGUGGAACAGAGAUGAAGAGACGAUCACAGCUCUCUUUAAAACGCGCUUCAGACUGGACUUCCCCUUUGACCUCCAAGAGCUUCCAGCGUUUGCUGUGAUCGGAAUCGCCAGCGGGUUUGGUGGAGCCUUGUUUGUGUAUUUAAACAGGCUUAUUGUGCAGUUUAUGCGAAAACAGAAAACUAUUAACAAGUUCCUCAUGAAGAAGCGUCUGUUGUAUCCUGCUCUGGUGACUUUACUGAUUUCAACGCUCUCUUUCCCUCCGGGGCUUGGACAGUUCAUGGCUGGACAGCUUACUCAGAAGGAGACCUUGGUUUCAUUUUUUGAUAAUCGCACUUGGACGAAGCAAGGAAUGACGGAAGACUUUAAUUAUGACAUUCACUCGACCGCCUGGAAACAUCCUCAGGCUAACGUCUUCGUGAUCCUCGUCAUCUUCAUCGUUAUGAAGUUCUGGAUGUCUGCUUUAGCCACAACUCUUCCUGUACCAUGUGGAGCCUUUAUGCCUGUUUUCGUCAUUGGUGCUGCGUUUGGCCGUUUGGUGGGUGAAAGUAUGGCAGCGUGGUUUCCAGAGGGCAUUAAUACGGACGGAACCAUCUAUCCCAUAGUUCCCGGAGGAUACGCUGUUGUGGGAGCGGCCGCGUUAUCCGGAGCAGUCACACACACGGUUUCCACAGCCGUGAUCGUGUUUGAGUUGACGGGUCAGAUCAGUCACAUUCUGCCCAUCAUGAUUGCUGUGAUUCUCGCCAACGCCGUCGCUCAGAGCCUUCAGCCUUCAAUCUACGACUCUAUAAUCCGCAUUAAGAAACUGCCUUACCUGCCUGAGCUCGGCUGGGGCCACCAUGAGAAGUAUAAUAUUCGUGUGGAGGACAUCAUGGUCAGAAAUGUUCGUUACAUCACUCUGAACUCUACAUACAGAGACCUUCAUGAGAUACUCUUGAUAGCAAACCUCAAAACUGUGGCGCUGGUGGAGUCUGCAGAGUCGAUGAUCCUGCUGGGCUCUAUCGAGCGCGUUCAGUUGCAGGCGCUCCUCUCGCAGCAUCUGAGUCGCGAGCGGCGGCUGGAGUUCAUACGGGACGCUGAGAGGAAGCGUGUGUCUGUCGUCAGCACUCCAAGCAGCGAAGAGGGGGGUCAAAAGGUCAACCAUGAGGUUCGCUUUCAGAUCUCCACAGAAGAGUCGUCGAUGUUUACACCGGUCCAUCCCAUCUCACCUAAACCUCUCAAACCUGCGCUGAAGAGGACGACUACCGCCGAGAAAAACAUCGAGAUCCCUACAAGUCCUCAUGAUUCUGGCAUUGGCUUGAGGAAUCUGUUAUGUGCUCGACCUCAGACGGAUGCAAUGGAGGAGGAUCCAGACGCAGAGGAUGACAUGACUCUUGGCGAGGUCGAGGAGUGGGAGGAGCAACAGCUUGACGAGCAGGUGAACUUCAACAACUGCAAGAUUGACCCCGCCCCCUUCCAGCUGGUGGAGCGCACUUCACUGCACAAGACUCACACCAUCUUCUCUCUGCUGGGUUUGGAUCACGCUUACGUCACAAGCAUCGGGAGACUUAUAGGAGUAGUUUCACUGAGAGAGCUGCGUAAAGCCAUCGAGGGCUCGAUGACGGUGAAGGGUGUGAAGGUUCGUCCGCCGCUGGCCAGUUUCAGAGACAGUGGCACCAGUGGCACCAGCAGCGAAAGCGAAGCCACUGAACUCCACAAACUGUGGGACCAUCACAGCAGCCGAAGUAUUCCCCGAGAACAGCAGCCCAACACCUCCGACUCGGACGACAAGUCACAGUGACCCCUGACCCCGCGCACAGACUGCUUCACGCAUCCAAAAAUCCUCCAGCUCGCUUUCAGGUCUUCCCACACUAACUCACUUUCCCUUUCGGAGAAUCAGGGACUGUCUGGACUCUGUCCGUUUUUCUGAAUAAGUGCGUUUUUUGUGCGUUUAUAUGUGUGUUUGUUGCUGAAAGAAACAGAUCAUUUUAUUUCGUAUGUUGCGUACCGUUCCCUUUUUCACUUUUUAAGAAAUGUGAUGCAAAGGAUCUGUUUGAACGCUUCAUCUGUUGUCUUUUAUGCUUAUAUAUUGGGGAGUUUAUAGCUCACUAUUUUUUUCUUCAGUUUAUAUGCCGCAAUUAUGACUUUUUUUCCCCUCAAUUAUGACUUUUCACACAAUUAUGGCUUUUCGCAAUUAUGACUUCUUCAUUCAAUUAUGAAAUUUUUUAACAUAUCUUUUUUCUUCACAAUUAUGACUUUUUUCACUAUUAACUUUUUAUGCAAUAACGACUUCUUACAAUUAUGACUUAACUCACACUUGGCUUUUUUUUUUUUUUUUACUAUUAUGACUUUUUUCGCAAUUAUUACUUUUUUUGUUAAUUACUUUUUAUGCAAUUAUGACUUAUCUCACACUUGUUUUUUUUUUGUUUUUUUUUUCCGCAAUUAUUACUUUUUGCUAUUGACUUUUUAUGCAAUAACGACUUCUUACAAUUAUGACAUCUCACACUUGGCUUUUUUUCGCAAUUACGACUUCUCGCAAUUAUGACUUUUUCGCAGUUAUGACUUCUCUUCAUACAAUUGACUUUUUCUCACACAAUUAUGAAUUCUUCGCAAAUUUACUUUUUUCUCGCAAUUAUUACUUUUUUUUUCUCACAAUAACACUUUUUCCGCAAUUAACUUUUUUCGCAAUUAUGCCUUUUUUUUCACAAUUAUGACUUUUUCGCUAUUGACUUUUUAUGCAAUAACGACUUCUUACAAUUAUGACAUCUCACACUUGACUUUUUUUACUAUUAUUACUUUUUUCGCAAUUAUUA